AUGAAAUCACCAGACGGUCAGCCGGCCUUACUCGUUUUGAUAUUGCAAGCCCUUUUUUGGAUAGUGUGCGGAAUAUGCUCCUUUCUCUACACCUUCAUACCAAUCCUGACGGUUCACUUCAAUCACGUCGGAUUGAGAGCAAGAUUCGUCGAUGAAGAAAUAAAUCCGACUAACUCAAAAAAGGAGGAUAACGCGGAUUCGUUUGAGACCUCGUUUUCCUCGGCUCAGAAUCUCACGACCGAUUUUCCCAAGUACAGCAUCAACUCUCAAAAUGCAGCGGUGGGAACCUGGUAUAUGAUCUCCGUAGGUACCCUAACGGGAUUAUAUCUGGCCUUUUACAUUAUUGUAUUUAUUAUUUCACCAACGACACCUCUCGAUCCGAUUGCUGAAUCCGUGGAUUUCAUAUUACGAAAUGGUUAUGUGUUGGUUUACGGAGUGCCACCGUCGAAAUGGCUUUUGGAUUAUAUGUCGAAUAACGUGUUGAGAUUAGGGUCCGCAGUUUCAAUUAGACUGUCUGAUAUGAAUACAGAAUCCGCUUGA